CAAAUCAAAAGAAUCGAUUCAGUUUCUACCUUGCUCCAUUAGGAUUGCUAUUUAUACCCGAUGAGUAUACAUGUUAGCCGUACCUACUGGACAUGUCCAAUGCAAUAUGACAGCCGUUUUUUAACACAGUAACUGUAUUUUGGUGUUGCAUGCUCUUUCACUUUCGUUCUGUUCAAAGCGGUCUCUGUUGGAUGCUCUGAUAUAUCCAAUCCAAAUAUGGGUUGAGACAUUUUUGCUUUUUAAUUUGCGCACUCAACCAUAACUGGUUCGUGUUCAGUUCAUUAACUUGGGAUUAUUAAUUAGAAAGAUAAAACUUGACUUUACUAAAAAUGAAGUAGAUAUUAUAUUGCUAUAUUAGUUAACCGGUUGGCCUCUCUCUUUCCCUUUUCGUCGAAGGAGGAGGAUGGAUGACUAAGAAGCUACGUAGAGUAUCUCUCCUUCAAAGCAACAGAAAAACUUCUUCAGAAGAAAGCUUCAAAUACCACAAAGGAAUGCACCAUACCAGAGUACUUCCUCUUCUAUUCCUUGAGUAAGCUCCAAGACUCCACCUUCUACACCUCAUCCUUUAUUCUCUUUUUUUUUUUCUCUUCAUCUUCUACUCUGUACUUCUGUCCCACAAGGCACGCUAUAGUACCACUGACAAUACUGUUUGCUCCUCCGCCAUGGAGAAACAUCAAUAUGUAUUCUUGCUUUUCUUCUCUAUAAUUAUAGUCUCGCUGGGCCUCGUUUCUUUCGUCUCUUGUAUCAUCGCCGAGUCCAAGAAAGUCGAGAAGGAAGAUGUCAAGUUGGAUAAUAAACUUUGUUAUUUGCCUGAAAGUAGGGCUUUGGGGUUUGGAAUUGCAGCACUGGCAUGCUUGAUCGUUGCUCAAACCAUAGGGAACGUGGUAAUUUGCUGCAAUUUGUGCUUGAGAAAGGAUGGAGAUACUUGCAAGGCUAGGAAAGCAAAGACUGCCACAGCAUUUCUGGUUUUGUCCUGGGUCAGCUUCGGGGCUGCAGCCAUAUUAUUAAGCACAGCCACAAGCAUGGGCAGAGAGCAGGAGUAUGGAAAAGGAUGGCUAGACCAGGAGUGCUACCUGGUUAAAGAUGGAGUCUAUUUUGGGUCAGGUUUUCUGGUCCUGCUUUCUAUAGCAGCCACACUUGUCUCGGUCCUAUUCAGUAUCAGAAAAACACAGGGUGAACAAGGAAGAAAAAUACAUGCACAAGUUGUAUAAAAAUGAGAUAAGAUAUCUAAACCAUUUUUUGUGGACAGAGCCAAUCAACUGCCGAAACGCAUACAUACCCUUUUUGAGGCCAAUUCAGAUUAUUUUAUACUGAGAAAAAAGAAAUUGAAGUUACACAAUCACACAGUUUUUAAUUGAUCA